AUGGACACCAUGGAUACAGAGUCUGUUCAAAGCGGACGGACGCGGGACAGAGCGUCACGCAUUGCCAAGGCUUGUCUAAGAUGCCAGUCUAAAAAGAUCAAGUGUGAUGGAAUGACGCCAUCGUGCACUCCUUGUGUCAACCGCAACAACGAGUGCGUGUAUCAACAGAUGCAGAGGCGCCGUGGUCCAGGCCGGAGCAAAAUGUACAUCCAAGCCCUUGAAGAGCGGCUUUCCAAAAUGGAGGCUGUUCUUAGCCAGGCUGGGCUUCCGAGGCCGGGUGCGCCGCCAACGAGGGUGUCCCCUUCAGAAACUGACGCCGCGUCCGUGUCUGUGUUCGCCGGUCCGCCCGUGACGUCUGGCACAACUGCUGGACCCAACCCCAGCACCGACGCUCAGCAAGCGGGUUUUGCCCAGGCAUCAACAGACCAUCUGAUGGUCGAUGAACCGGGACCAUCGAUACCUCGUAUGUCCCAAAACUCUAGCGAACAGUCGGAUCAACGAGGCAGCCAGACGCCUGCGCCCCCGCCUCGGGAUAUCCCAGAACCGCCGAAGCAGCUCUCAAACAAGAUGCCUGUGUUUGCCGUCAUUGCAAGCCGAAUGCGAGAGGUCAAUACUGCAUCUUACUGCUCUACAUUCAACAGACAGGUCUUUACGCCUCGCCUCGAGAGAGAAGAGGCCAUCACGAUUUUGAUGCCUCUGUAUGACGACGUCAUCGAUAAUUACCCCCUUCUCAACUUUCAUUAUUUCGUCCGUCAUUUCGAGAAGCUGCCAGAGGCCGAGAACACCUUUAACAACACAUCCGGCUGGGCGUACAUGAAUGCUGUUAUCUCUGUCGGGACUCGGCGAAAGUCCAUCAACAACGCAUUCCAGGAAGUCUGCCAACUUGCUUGGCCCUUUUUCAAAAACGCUUUCUCCGGCCUGACGGAGUUGAUGGUCAAGGGUACCGACCUCUUGGCCGUGCAGGGCAUAGUCGCCAUGGCAGUGUUCAUGCAGGGAACCACGUGCACGAGGACGGCGGCUCUGCUGUCGUCAGCCGCGGUGAGACUAUCGCAGAGCAUCGGCCUGCAUAGACAGCCUUGUGUCAUGAUGUCAAUGUGCGUACAGGAUGUGGAGGCGCGAAGUCGCGUGUUCUGGGCGGCGUACAUCCUUGAAAAAGAGAUGGGUCUGAACCACGGGCUUGAUUCUAUACAAGACGACGACGAUAUCGAGACAGAGCUACCAAGCGGCCGCGGAGACGGUGUCGAUGUGCUGAACCUGAGAGCGAAGCUUGCCAUGGUGGAAUCCUCUAUCCGGAGACGGCUGUACACAGCGAAAGGCCUUCGACUCACAGAUGACGAUCUAGUCAAGGCCAUCAUCGACCUUGAUGCUCUCCUUGAAGAAUGGAGGUCAAGCCUGCCUGCUGAACUCCAGCCAUCGUAUGAGCCCCGGACGGCGAGCCCGGACAUCGCUCCCGACAACUUGAAUCUGCACUUGGCAUUCUUCAGGUGCACGAUGAUGGUGCACUGGGCUGCGAGACGACACAACCAAUACCCGACAAUGGCCGUACUCGUGGGGACGUCCGGCGGGUUCGAGAUGCCCUACAUCCAGCUUUCUUUUUCGCAGAAGCGAUGUCGGAUGGCGGCGCACGCGACCAUCAGGCUAUUUCGAACCAUCUCCACGCCACAAUAUGCCGACUUGUGGCGAAUUCUCUGCUAUCCUCUGUGCGCCAGUCUGACACUCUUGACGGAUGUGCUCGAGAACCCAGGCUGCUCCCGUGCUCGCGGCGACUUGGCGGCGACAAGAAGCUUUGCCCAUUUCCUCCAGAAGUUCGAAAAGUCGGAAGGCUGCGACCUGAAGCGCGUCUUGACGGCGUGCGCCUUCUUGCAAAGGACCGCGCAACGUGCCGUCGACGAUGCGCAGAACAUGAUGCACGCCCAGAACCUCGUGGUCAACGACGGCCCCGGUGUGCCACUAAUACCAGGUUUCAAUCUCAGUGAGGACGCGCAGGUCUUACAAGCGCUGCUUGGAGCCGCAACCCAUCCCAUGUAUCUCGUCCAGGGACUGAUGGGGACCUUGCCCAACCGAGAUCAACGUCUCAUAACGAGACUUGCCCACCUUCUCGGCACUCCCUUGGAGAGUGGCAAACCUGGGAGUCCUCUUGGGCCACAACCGUUGCAGCCGGAGACGUACGGCUUCGGCUUCGGCCAAGGUCAAGCGGGAAGUGAUCCAACAGCGAACUGGUCCUGA